AUGAUUAGCGAUUUGGAAGAAGUUAUCCAAUUCAAAUUGAGAACUAGAGCGAGAUAUGGUUUAAUCUUUUGGCAAGGUCAACAUCCUUCUCUGGACAGAAGAGAAGGGACUGAACAGUUUGGGGAAGAUUUUUUGGCUAUUUCACUGUUGGGAGGGCAUUUAUCGUUCACUUAUGAAUUGGGUGGAGGAGCUGCUCAGUUAAUUAGUAAAAGGCCUGUGAAUGAUGGAAAGACUCAUUUGAUUCGCGCCACUCGCCGAGGUCGCAACGGCACCUUACAAAUAAACAGAGGAAAAAUAGUAGAGGGUAGAAGCAGCGGAAUCCUUGCAAUGUUGAACGUCGAGGGGAAUAUAUUUAUUGGAGGAGUGCCAGAUUUAAACAUUAUGACGGCUGGGAUGUUUAAUCAAAAUUUUGUUGGAUGUCUUGGAGAAGUUGAAUUAAAUGGACAGAGGAUUGAUUUAAUGGCUAAUGCUAUUGACGGGAGAAAUGUUAGGCCUUGUGGGAGGUGGAAGUCAAAAAUAGGGUCUAAAGGAAGGAGAAAGAGGCUAUUGAGGAGAUUAAGAAGGAGGUAUGGAGGAUAG